AGUCAAAAAAAGUUUUUCUAAACAAAAACUUUUAGGUAAAUAUAUAUCUGAACGGUUAGACCAGCCACUUAAACACAAAGCAUAAUACUAAAACGAGAAAAUAAAACAAAGAAACAUAUGAUUGAAAAUAUAUUCAAUAUGUUUUUCUUUUUACAAUUUUAUCCGCAAUAUAAAAAAUCCACCGGUCAAACCAUCAAAUUUUAGUCAAAUUUUAAUAUAACCAUGUAUCUGACUGUGUAUAACUUUAAUAAGACACUAGAGCUUAACCCGUGCCAUGCACGGGUUUUGUUUUUACUUUUUAUAGAUAAAUAUUUAUUUUGUGUAAGUGAUAAUCUAUAUUUUUUAAAUUUAUCGUGCGCGAGUUUUGUUUUUAACUUUUAUAAAUAAAUGUUUAUUUUAUGUAAGUGAUAAUCUAUAUUUUUAAAAUUUAUCCCUAUAAAUUUUUUUUUUAAUAUGACAUUUCUAAAAAUAAUAAUUUUCUAAUUUAUAUUGAGUAUUAUACAUUGUUUUGUAAUUCGUUAAAUGUAUCACCGAUAUUUUUAGAAUAUGACCCGUAUACCAGCACAAAUAUAUUUUUUAUUUUUUAUGGAUCAAAAUUUUAUAAUAAAAUUAUUUUAUAUGCUAUUUCAAAACUGGUGUUAUAUACUUUAUACUAUUUAACAUUUAUCAGAUUGAAUAUACACUGGCUUAUUAUUUAUAAUAGAGUAUAUAUAAAAUAAUAAAAGACAUGAUUUUAGCCACAACAUUUUUGGCUUUAGUUUUUAGAAUAUUUGCUUAUUGUGAUUGCCUUGAAACCUACGAAUAAUGAAAGUAAAGAUUUUAUUCUCUUGAUGCCGAAAUCUUUGUUAGUUAUAAUUAUUUAAGAAAAUAAUGUAAUAAUUGAAAAAUAUAAGUAUUAUUUAAUAGUAGGUUUAUUUAAUUUUCAGUAGCAUUAAGUUGUAAGUAUUUUGCAAGUUUGAGGAUAAGUACUCUAAAUAUAUAUUUCUUUUUUAAUAAUAUAGAUGAUCUUACGUCGUUUGAUUUAAGUUUUCAGUAACAAAGUUACAAAACAGUUGUCCGAAUCUUCGACCUGCUGAAUUAUCAACCACAACGCAUUACCAACUGUACGCUACUUGAUAAUUUGACAUAAACCUAAAUACAAAUUGAUUUUAAGGUAAAUGAACAUCAUCUUGUGAGAUCAUGCGUUUCCACGACUGAAACUUUUGUCAUUUGCUUUUAUCUGAUGCUGCUUUUGUUGCUUAAUCUUAUUGUCAACAUCUUUGGAGGACUAUCGUUGGCUUACAUACCAAUAGCUAACGUUGCUCAGGUUUUUUUUUGUUCAUUCAAAUCUCAUCAACAAUAUAUAAUUAUUAACAAAUUAAAUAGACAAAAAAAUCACUACUCGAAACUGAAAUCAAUAGAAUUCAACAAUAUAUAGAUAUAGAAGUUCUAUUAUGUCACGUUGAAUGUAAUAUUUUGGUAAGUUAGAGAAAAAUAUGUUAAAUUUUUUAUUUUUAGUUAUUAUUUUCUUAUGUUUUUCGAAUAAUGUUUUCAAAAAAUUGACAUAGUUUAUUUUUAGGUGAAAUAUGAUUUAUAAUUUUAUAUUUAUUCCAGUUUUGAUUUUAUUAAUUAUUAGAAGAAAAGUCGAUUGGUAGCUACACAAAUAAUAUGCCACCACAUCACUAAACAUCUAGACUAAACUAAUGUAUUAAAAUUACAUGCACUAUAUGAAUCAUAUGACAACAUCCUUGAACUAAUAUGUAUUAUGUUAUUAACACCAUACAUAUAGUUUUGUAUUAGAAAAUUGUGCCGGAUUUAGAAGUGUAUUGGACUUGUAACAAGACAAUUUACGAUGAUGUUUAAAAUAUUUUAACAUGUUAUUUGAUGUAUAAAAUUUAAUUUUGAAUAUUGGUCUAUGUGUGUUCAUUUUGUUUUUGGUCAUUUGAAUAUGUGUUAUGAUCUUUUUUUCAAAUAAAUGCUUAUUGCGUUAUGCCAAGUUCCAAAACCUUUCAUUUUUAUGGUGUUAAACAUAUAUUAGUUAAUGGAUGUUUUCAUGUGAUUCAUAUAGUUCAUAUAGUUUUCAAUAUAUUAUUUUUGUUCAAAUGUGUGACAUGUGGUGGUGUAUUGUUCGUGUGACUAGCAAUCAUUGUUUUUAAUCAUAUCUCAUUUUCAAUUCCUUCUCUUACAUAAGAAAAGUGUAGUUUAAAGAAAAAAAAUACAGCGCAAUUUUGAAAAUAAAGUAUAUUUGCAGUGUAGUUUCCCAAAUUUCCCCAAAAAGGAAUCCAUAUAGGCCUUUUACUAUUGAAACUAUUCAAGCAGUCCAAUCUGUUUUUUUGUCCCGAAUGAAACUGGGCUUGACCCAUUAAACUCGCCUUACAUGUGUAUGUGUCCUGACGGCCCAUUAUAAUAGAUGCCACCUGGUUGGUUAUAUUAUAAGUUUCUAAUUCUAAAUGCCAAUAAAUUAUUUUUGUCUUCUACCUAUUUGGACCAAAAAGUUGAAAGGUUGGUCAAAAGUGGGUGUUCCAAUUACGAUGCAGCCCAUUAUAGUUAGGAGCAACUAUUAGCAUAUAUUUAAAUAUCUCCUUCAAUUUUAAAUCUACGUACCACCCAUAUAAAUCACACAUUAUUUAAUACUCCUUCUGAAAAUAAAUAAUUAAAAUAUCUUUUUAAUUUGAAGUGGAGGAAACACAUAGUCUAAAGAUUUUAAUUAGGGAUAGGAAUCCACAUGAACUUCCCGAGAAACAAGUAAUGGUACUUUAUUAUAGUUUGGUUAGUUUAAUGAAAGUUUUCCUCAAAUCUCUCACCGAUUAAUAAUAUCAAAUGACGAAACCAUCCUUUAAUGUAUUUUAGCGACAGUAUCUGACAAAGGGGCAAGAUUGUCUUACGUCACUCACUUCAUUGAAGAGGAAAAAUAAACCUGUGUUUGAUAAAUGAAGUGAAAAAAGAAGCCGACAGCAACUAAAGCUAAAAGCAAAAGUACACAUAGAGUCAUAGAGAGAUAGAGACUGAAAGUGAUUUUUGCACACCAAAGAGUGCUACGAAGAGGGAGAGAAAAAGAAACAAAAUGAUGCCUUGAGGGAGAAAACAAAUCGAUUGCUUUUCUUUUUGUUUACAUUACAAAGAACAUGAUCUAUCCAUCCUAUUGCCCUCACUAUUUUGCGAUCUCUCCUUGUCUUUCUUCUUCUUCUUCUCUUCUUCUCCAUGUCUACGAGUGAAACUAUGAAGAAAUGUUCAAGAUUCACACACUCUCUUUCUCACUCUAACUCAGAUGUUUUGAUGAGGUGAUUGUAAUGGAAAUGAAAUUUGGUAAAGGAAUUGAUAUGGAACAAAGCCCCAACAGUGUUCUUACUGAAUCAGAGAAGAGGAGUACAAGGCUGAAGCCGCCUCGCAGGGAUGAGAUACUGAGAGUCAAAGAAGGCUUCACCGAGAUAAGCUUCAGGCGCUACCGCAGCACAUCCUGUAAGAACUUUUCUUCCAAGCCGGAUAAUAAAACCGAGCAAAGGCGAGGUUCUGUCUAUCAAAGCUCCAAUAAGUUUUUUAAAGAGCUUAGAGAUCCUCAGGGACGUAAAGACUCGGAUGCAAAACUCGAGCUGUCUCGUACUAGCGACGCUUCUUUCUCCUUUAGAGUUGUUGAUUCUUCAAGAAAGGGGAGUACAGAGAAAAGACCAGACACAAAGAAGGUUUCAGAUGGACAGAAGUCAUCAGCUGAGCCUUACACCUCUGGCAACUUCAUUGACAUUUGUUUGAAAUCAGGUAUUAAAGAUAGAGGAGUGGUGUUGGAUUCAGAAGAGGAUGCUGACCAUGAAACUCGAUUGCCUAAGCCACAUUCCUCUUCAUUAGAAGCCGGUUGCAAUAAGGAAAGCUCAAGGGUUAGGAAAAUGUUUGAUCCAUUUGUUAAGUCAAAGUCUCUGAGAAGUCCUCUUGGCUAUUUAGGAGAAGCAGAGAAGCACAAUGAGCGUUGCAAGUCUAUGUUGAGUGACUACUCAAACAUUCAUAAAAGUCUUCCUCCAGUUGUCAAUAAGGAUUACACUUCGGUGCUGGCAUCAUCCCCGGUUCAUCUACAUUGCCGUCUAAAGGUAGAAAGCAAACAUGGGUUGCCUGUUUUUCAGUUUGUGUCUGAUUCUCCAGAGGAUGUUUACACUGCAAAGACGUGGAAGUCAGAGAACGGUUCCAGUUGGGUGUAUACAUUCUCAUCUGCUGGGAUCAGAAAGAGAAGCAGUGCUAGCGUGAGGGGUUUGAACGAUGUUAGCAAAGAGCCUUUGCUUGUGGCUCAGAUGCAAGUUUCAUGUAACAUGUGCUCAGAAGUAAGAAAAAAGGGACAAGAUCCAGAGACUUUGGUGGUUAACGAGUUUGUUUUGUAUGAUAUUGCACAAGCGAGACGGAGUGUCUCUGUCUCCACAAAGGAAGAUCAAUCACUACUACCUCUUGCUAAACCAGACUCAGAUUCAAGAAGCAGCACAUUGUCCAGGGAUGGUUGUGAUACAAUGAAGCAGAGAUCUCAGCCAAAACGUACUUCUCAGAGCUGUGAUCUCGAGGCUUCGAAUGGAACAAGCCCAUGGUCAGCUGGGGAUUUGCAUCCUGACCUUGAGAUUGCCGCUAUAAUUAUCCAAGAGACCAUUGAGAAGAGAGAGAGCUUAAAGUACAGAAGAGGUGACAAAAGGUUGAUGGAGAAAACGAAUCUUCUUGGUCUUUCUCCCAUAGAAGAGGAGAAAAAGGAGUUGUUUGGUUCUGAAAAGUUGAAAGUUGUAAUCCCAAGGGGCAACCAUGGGCUACCAAAUGCCGAAAACUCCGGUCCUUCGCCUUUGAUUCAGAGAUGGAGGUCAGGAGGUGGUUGUGACUGUGGUGGUUGGGACAUGGCUUGUCCUCUUAUGGUUUUGGGAAAUCCUCUUUUCUCAUGUUCUCAUGAUCAGCCUCUUGUGGACUAUCAGCAUCCUUUGCAACUAUUUGUCCAGGGUGCUAAAGAGCAUAUACCAGCGUUGUACAUGUCGUUUGCUGAGGAGGGGCAAUACGAUGUUCACUUCCAUGCGCAGUUAUCAACUUUGCAGGCAUUCUCCACCUGUGUUGCCAUAUUACAUAACACCGAAGUCUCCGAUAGUUACAGAAAUUGCGAGAAUGUACAGCAGUUGUCACACUGCAGCUCGCUGAAAAUGUUGAUUGAUGAGGAUGUUCAGUGUUUAGUUGAAGCAGUAACAGAGGAAGGAGAAAAGAAUGUUCCUAAUCCUGUGAAAGAAGCUGUGAUCGCUCUUCAGUCCUACAUGCCAAACCCUCCUUUCUCGCCAAUCUCUCGAGUGUAGUCUGUGAUGCUGUCCAGGAUUGGCAGUAAGAAGAUAAGAGAAUAGAUUGGUCUCCAGCUUCCUGACAAAAGUGCAGCCAUGAAGCGGUUCCCCAAACAAGCUAGAACUUGAAGAUGGGAUGUUCUAUGGUCUCCGGUCUGAGAAAUGUGUCACGUUAUUUAUUCAUUCUUCCGAGUAGGAUCUUUGCAAAAGAAAAAAAAAAGCUACAUUGUUCAUACUAUAAAGUAGCAAAUGGGAGUUGCCCAAUUUGGUUAGAGUUUCUUAUAAGCUUAGAUUUGGUACAUCUUUCAGAAAAAAGUUUUGUAACUUGUAGUGAAUAAUGAGAUCAUCUUCCUCU